CGCGGGGCACUGGAGGGAUAGGGAAGUAAGUCAGUUCUGUUAGUAGUUAGUUAGUACUGGAAGUGGCAAAUGCUAUAAUAACGGAAGGACAAGGGUAAUAUCUACAAAAAGGUUCAGGGUUCCCUGUGUCGCUGCCGCUUCUCCUUCCUUACCCUCGAGAGAUAAAAGAAAAUUCCUUUUCCAUUUUCGGGGCCAGGUUUGGUGUGAUUUUCAUCUCGGUCUGAAUCUUCUAAUUGACUCGUUGGAGUCAUCAUCUCGCCGAGAGACUCCGUCGAUCAGCCCCGACGGUUACAAAUGCGCCUCUAAGUCCCGUGGCUGGAACGGCAUUCAUAAUCAUUUGCACGUCAAGUGUUUGUUAAAAUUCCUAAGCUCUAGUUAGCAAGGUGGGUUUAACUCUUCGCCCAGUGUUCAUUUGACUAUCGCCAAGAUACCAUUUCGAGCAAUGGCGGCGGCAAUGAAGAAGCGUCUGUUGCAAAGUGCGGCGUUCUCUCCGAAAUUCUUUUCUACUACAGCUUCCCGAGUACUGAGAACCGGAGAUACUUUAAGGCAAACCAGAGUCUUCUCAUGUGAAGACAUCCUUCGAUAUUCAGAGGUGAGCCACGAUUCCAAUCCGCUACAUUUUGAUCCUGAAGUGGCUCGAGGUUCUGGAUUUGAGGACCGAGUUGUUCAUGGAAUGCUCGUCGCCGCACUGUUCCCUUGGAUCAUCUCGUCUAAUUUUCCUGGAGCUAUAUAUGCGUCGCAGAGCCUGCAUUUCAAGAUGCCUGUUUAUAUUGGAGAAGAGAUCAUUGGCGAGGUGGUAGCUACUAGUGUUAGGGAACACAAGAACAAAUACAUCGCCAAAUUUGCGACGAAAUGCUUCAAGAAGAAGGGUGACCUGCUUGUUAUCGAUGGAGAGGCUACUGCAAUUCUGCCCAGUAUAUGCCAACAGCAAUAAGCAGGAGUUGGGAAAAUGAAAAGGACUAGAAGAGCCACUGAUGAGGCUGUUUCUCGUUCGUAGUUACUACGAACAAUACUGUCUUUUCAUCCUUUUGCAUUGUUGGCUACUGAACAUUGAACCAGUUAAUACCUCUUUUUGUUACUGGGUUUAUGAAAUUUUUUGUCCACCAUGACACAGAAUCAUAAUGGAUUCCCAGUACGUGGAUCUCAGUGGCUAGUGGAAUAGUGAAAAAUAUGAAUACGAAAAGGAUCCCUCAUUAUAUACAACCCUCUCAGUAAACCAAAAGACCUGAG